AUGUCAAUCAUCAAAAAUAAUAUUAAUUUAAUAUUCCGAUGUCACAGAUUAUUAUCAACACACAAUAAGAACGAUAAAAAAAAUAUUAUUUUAUCAUCAACACAAUUAAACACAGCAAUUAAAGAUCUUAUUGCUGCUAAAAAAUAUAAACAAGCUUUAGAUUUAUUCGAUGAAAAGUUUGAAAUAUGUAACGAUUAUACUAUUAGUAUGGCAAUAAAUGCUUGUAGUUUAAUCAAUGAUUAUAAUCGUGGUAUUCGUAUUCAAAAACAACUUCAAUCAAAUUCAUUGAAGAAUAAUUAUAUUCAAACAUCAUUAAUUCGAUUUUAUUCACAAUAUCACGAUAUGGAUAAUGCAAUUCGUCUAUUCUCUACAAUAACAAACAAAUCUAGUUAUAUCUGUACAGCUAUGUUCAAAGGCUUAAAAAAUAAUAAUAUGCCAGAAAAAGUAUUUGAUUUAUUAGAUCAAAUGACAUUUAAACCUGACAAUUAUACUCUUACAAUUUUAUUUAAUGUAUGUGCUCAAGUUGCUAAUGAUCGAGCAAUGAAAAUUGGAAGAAAACUUCUAGAUGAAAUGCCUGAUGAUUAUCGAAAUAAUAAUAUUGUAUUAAAUUCAGCAAUAGAUAUGCUAAUGAAAUUUGGUGAUGUUCAAAGUGCUGAACGUAUUUUUGAUUCA